UCAUUGCUGCACUUUUGUUUAUCUGUUUGUUAUCUAAAGAUAAUGGACCAAAGGAACUCACUUGAGCCUUCAGACAGUCAGUCACAGUCCACUGUCCCACUGUCUCCUAUUCAUGUUCCUCCCACACUGAGAGAUGGUGAGUGUUACCAUGUCUUCAUUAGCUACAGCAGCACUGACCACGAGUGGACCCACUCCAUCAUCAACCAGCUGGAGUUCUAUGGCCUGCAGGUCUGCUACCAUGAUCGUGACUUCACUCCCGGGCGCACCGUGUUGGAGAACAUGUCCGAGUGCAUCCAGGAGAGCCAGAAGGUGCUGCUGGUUCUCAGCCCGGAGUUUGUGAGGAGCCGCUGGUGUCUCCUGGAGGCCAACAUGUCUCUGUUCAGAGACUGUCUGGAGAGGAAACCCAUCGUCCCAGUGCUGCUGCAGCCAGGAGUCUCAGUUCCUCCUCACCUCUGCCACCUCACCUACCUGGAGGCCACCGACCCUGAAUUUAUGAAUAAACUGCUCAAGGUGCUCUGCACCCCCAACCAGCAGCUUCAAGGGUCCACUGUGGUGCCCUUCCAGGCUCCCUCUAUCUACAACGGGAAAGCCCUGAAGCCUUUGACUGCUGUCAAUGAUGAGGGACUCAAUAGAUGGGACUGUGGUCGGUUCAGUGACAUGGAGGUGCCAGACCAACUGCGCCUGAUCAUUGAGGACCAGGAGAAGUACAGAGAGGCUCUUUACCAGCAAUGCCACCGUGCCUGUGUGAUGUCCGAGUGCGUCCGGGAGAGCCAGAAGGUGCUGCUGCUUGUGAGGAGCCGCUGGUGUCUCCCGGAGGCCGAUUUGUCUCUGUUGCAUGAAGGUGAAGAUGAUGCAAAUUAA